CUUGUACCUUUGCUUCAUGGGUCUUUGAUACCUCCACAAAUUUCUCAUCUUGGAAGUUCCCUUUUGAGGUUUUGGCUUGUGGGUGUUAAGGAGUUUUGGAUUAAAGCAACAGAAUUUGAAAUAUAUAUAUAUUUUUUCAAAAAGUAGUUGUGUACUUCAAUGGUGGAGCUUCAGUCCUGUCCUAGCUUGGUCAAUGAUUCUGCAUUAUGUGGUAUUGAGCAAGAAGUGAAAGGAGAGAGUGUGAAUAUUGUUGCAGAGAUUUCAGCUGAGCUACAGAGGGAAAGACAGAAGAAUGCAGAGCUUAUAGAGAGGAUAUCAAUACUUGAAGCUCAAAUACUAAAGAGAGAUAACAACUCUCUACUCUCAAAUGGACAAGGUAACUAUCCCUGUGCAAAGAAAAGGAUCUUCAAGAAAUUCAAGAGCCAAAAGGCAGAAUUUAGUAGCCAAAAAAUUGAAGAUGGAAACAGCAAAACCUUGCAGACAAAGCAUGACACUCGAUGCACGCCACCAAGAGAAACAAAUCUAGAGAACUUCAUAGUCAACUGGAUGAGCAUGGAUGACUCCCAGUUUCUCCAUCAUGAGAAAUUGAAAAAUGGUGAUUCUGUUGCUGAUUGUGAUAAUACAGAUGAUAGUGAUGAUGAAGAUGAUGAAUACGUUGAUGAUUAUGACAGCGAUAUUGAUAAUAGAGAUAAGGAAAAAGGAGAAAAUGAAAAAAAUUCUACUGAACUAGAACAUCUUCCAGAAGAAGGUCUCGACAAGAAAAUACAAUUACCAUACUUGGAAAGUUUCUCUAGUGGUCAUGUCGAGCCAAAAUAUCCACUUGAGAGUCAAGAAUUGAACAAGGAUAUUAUAAAACAUAGUUUAGCACAUGAUAUAAAACCCAUCAAUAACAAUAGGGAACUAAAAGAACAUGAUAGGAAAGAAUCCAAAUUGAUUGGAGAGUAUCAGGUGUCAUUACAAAUACCUACUCCGGGGAGAAUGUCAAUGCAGAAAAAGUCCCCAAAGGUUGCUUUCUGUCCAAAGGAAGUUAGGAGGAUACUUGAAUCAGAAGUGCUUCAAUUGAAAAAUGCUCAGUCUCACACCAUUAGGAAAAUCAUAGUUUUUGCAUCUCUUGGCAUAAGGCAUGGGUGUGAAGAGAUGUAUGAAUUAGACUUCAAUCAUUUUAGCAUUUUACAGAAGGGCGAGCCGUACGUGUCUUCAGAGAAUCCCGGGGAGCACGUUCUAUAUGAGAAUCCUGGUGUCCGAAGGAAGGUCUUCUAUCCUAACCGACAGAACCCGACAUUAUGUCCUGUUCAAAUACUGGAAGAGGAGAAAGCUAUGCGUCCAUCCGAUGCUAGCUGCCCAUCAUGCUUAUUUCUGUGCAUUAAGUAUGGAGGAAGGACAAGAAAUCUUCCCCAAAAUGAAUAUGUCAGGCAGCGCAUGGGAAGAAACAAGCUGAAAUCUUUUGGACCCGUUAUGUGUCAAAUGGUAACGCUUGUCCACGUUCGAAGUGGAAGUUUCUUCUUCAAGGCCUUGGGUAUCACACUUUUGUUCAUGGCUGGUUUUCCUGAUGAUCAGGUUCAGAAGGAAACCAAAUACAGAAACUUGGACCUCCUUCAAAAGUAUUACAGGACAGAUGACGAUACUGAGGGGGAGGAAUUAUUUCUUUCGCAUCCAUUGGCUUGUGAUACUGAGGCUUGUUCCAAUCCUCAUCAGCUAACUGGGAAGCGAAUUCCAGCAAAAUCAAAAGGCAAGAAACACACGAAUCCAGUAAUCAAGCCCCAUAACUCGCAGAAACCCUCAAUUCAACAGUCUAAUCCAUCAAGUUCUGCAUUUACGACACAAUUUGGGUUAAUGGGGUAUACCUCAAUUCAAACUCAUGCAACAGUUUCUAACCCCGUGGUCAGUAAUACUGGUCAUCAUUGCAUCUCCUACCGAAACCAAACUUCAUAUCCUAUGUUUCCACCUCCACACCCUGCAAAUUCGUUUGUGCCCAUGCUGUAUUGGCCACCCGCUAAUGCAUUUCCUCCUUGUCCUUACCCAUCAUCUUCGUAUGGUUACCAGUCUUUUCCUUCUACUGGGAAUUACACCCCUGUCCAUCCACAGCCUUAUUACAGUCAUACUUUAAUCCCAAAGGUGUCUGAAGUCCGGGAGACGAAUGAUGGAGCCUUGAAAAAAUCUGACAGUGACUCGGUGAGUAGUUCAAGCAGUACAGAGCCAAAACAGGAAAGAACAAGCUUUGAGUAAUGCAACUUCAUGCAUUUCUAUGUCUCUUCUCAGCAACUAAGUUAAUCUUGUAGCUGUGAGCUUGAAUAUCUUGUGUCAGUUUAAUAAGGAAUUGAGAAGUUUAUGAUGGCAUUUGUAGAGCAAAUUCAUAUGAAAGACAUUCCCAAUAUCUUGUAAAAAAUUAGAUUGAU